AUGAGCGAGGGGAUAGGUAAAGUAGAAUUUGUUUUUAGCGAAACUAAAGCGCAACAAUCAGGAACUAAAGGUAGAGAAAGUAGUAAAGUAAUUGCGGGGAAUAAAGAGGCAAAUGUUCGUGACAGUCUUUUUGAGGCUCAGGUACUAACCAGGCGCUUCAGAUCUGUGCUGUCAUUUGGACAAGAAGGUAAGUCGGUUGGAAUGCUUAAAAAGCCCUGGGGUGUGGCAGUGAAUGAUCGUGAUGAAAUUGCUGUGACUGAGUUAUCGAACCACAGGGUUUCAGUGUUUAGUAGUGACGGUACCCACUUAAAUUCGUUUGGUAGGAAGGGUCCGAAUAAUGGUGCGUUCAUGUACCCAAAAGGGAUCGCUUUUGAUAGUCAUGGCAAUAUUGUAGUGGCAGACAGUAACCACAGGGUGCAAGUCUUUGAUCGGAAUAGUAACUUUCUUAGUAAGUUUGGUGAACAAGGAAGUCGUGAUAAUCAGCUUAAAAACCCUGAAGGUUUAUCAAUAAACGGUAACGGUGAUAUUAUUGUUGCUGAUACUGGUAACAAAUUAAUCAAGAUAUUCUCUUCUAGUGGGAAGUAUUUACGUAAAAUUGGUGGAGCAGGUUCUUUGGCCAAUCCCAGUCACUGUAUCCAACACGGUCAACAUUUUAUAGUCUCAGACUUUGGUGACCAUUCCAUUAAAAUGUUUAAUCUGGAGGGAAGGUUUAUUUCUAAAUUUGGAAAACAAGGAAACGAGGAUGGAGAGUUCAAUGCGCCCUUUUACUUGUCGGUGACCAAAGAAGGAUUGUUAAUGGUCUGUGAUGCAAGAAAUCACAGGGUUCAGUUAUUUGAACUGAGUGGAAAGUUUGUUACAAAGUUUGGAAAUGAAGGUAGUGAGAGAGGAGAGUUUAAUUAUCCAGUGUCUACAGCAAUUCUUAGUGAUGGAAGGAUAGUUGUGUGUGAUAAGAACAACAACCGAAUCCAGGUUUUUGACAGGAUAUAAUAUGAUCUUACCAGUGGUAUAAUUAUUGGUGAAAAGGUCAAAUUGGUUUUGUAGAAUAAGAAACCGUAAUUUUUCGAACAACCCCACCUCGUGAGGUAUUUAUCACUGUUGACCUUUUCUAGUUACGGGGGGGGGGGGGGGGGGGGUGAUUAGAUAGAGCUAGUUUUGUUGUUAAAAUUAAAAAACCUUGUUCUAUCCACCGUGCACAGGCGGGUUGGUGUUUGGUGGUGUUGUCGGUUGUGGGGGAGGGGGGGGGGGGGGGGGGGUGGGCAUUAGGCUGCCCUCGAAUGUAAUUAGUCUCUUCUGUGAAUGUAACAAUAAAUUAUAGAAUCAUAGCUGUAAUAAUAGCUGAAAUGACAGUCAACUUUAAAUAUAUUUUAAUUUGUAACCUUUUUUCAUAUGUAUUGUAGUAUCAUUUAAAUGCCGGUUGUAGUUUAAUUAGAUGGUUUACCUUUUGGCAUCAAAAUUGCAUGUUUUUUUAUGUUAUGCGGUAUACCUUUUCAUUUUCUUUCCAGCAGUUGCUAGUUGUUAGCUAGUGUGCUUUUGGAAAUACUUUCCCCGCGCCCUUCGCCAAGAACCAUUUUUUUCUCAACAGGUUCUUCUGGUCCGUUAAUUAUAAGAUCUUAUAACAUAUACUAACCGAAUUGUAUAACGAUUUGUUGAAAAAGCAUUAAAGAAGAAUCAAAUAGAAAGAAUGAUUUUUUGUUGUUCAAAUUUAUCGUAGUGAAGGAGACCGUCAUGUGUUGAGCUUAAACGUACCAGAAUACUGCAAUGCUCGUGAAAAUUAACUUUGCAAGACAUCAACACGACAUCGAAAGAACUCAAAACAGAGCGGGAUUGUAGCAUAGGCAGCUGUUUCGCGGCUAUUGUUGCAGCUCUUCAGUGUGGCGUAACCACUAGAGAAAGCUCUGUUGAAAAAAACCCGCGCAUUCUGAUUUACCACCCUGACCUAGAACCCACAGAAGACAGAAUCAUGCCAUAUCACGUGUCUCCUGGAGGACAAGAGGCUAAUGCACCUAUCAAUGUAAAGCCGGCCGCGGGGGAGGCAGGGGAUGGGGUGGGGAUUUGAAAUUUUUCAUAAAUUUGCCGUCAGAUUUCCUGCCCACGGGCAAAUCGUUCCAGUCAAAUGCAACCAAAUUGCCCCACCCCGGGCUGCACAUUGCUAUCAAAUAUCCCAAGGCAGAAUCCAAGAAAGGCACAAUGAAAAUAUCUCCAAAUAAAACUCUGCAAUCUGAAUUAUACGUUUUAACCAUAAUCCGUGUUACACUGCGUAGAAUACAGAAACCUUUUAGGAGAAAGUCCACAUUUUGUAAGUUUAAAUAUACCAUUCUUAGUAAAGGGUACAAAGAAAGUCAGUUUUACAAGCUUUAUACAGUGAUUGUAGCGAAUGAGCCAUACACUGAUCAAUUGUACUUGCAAGAAUCGACUUGGUUUCCCUUUACUUCCGUUUACUUUGAAACCACAGUAUCUUAAGAGGUUCAAUUGAUCAAAAACACGCUAAAACAAACGAAAUUUGAAGGCAAAACAAUGAAAUCCACUCAGCUUUCUCUUGUUCCCGUUGGCCUCCAUGAUUUCCAGAUCUUUCCCGACCGUACGGCUCAUGCGUGAAGCGUGGAAGCGGGAAACAUAUGUUCGGUUUCAGUUCUUUUUCGUCCGAGUCGGCAGUCAAAUAUCUCCACGUCGGGCGAAGAAAGAUUCAAAUAUCCCCUUCCCUGGGAGAACAAGAUCAGUCAAAUGCCCUACCCCAGGGCCAACAAAGACAAUCAAAUCCCCACCCCAUGCCCUGCCUCCCCUAAGUGUCAAGUUGAUGUCUCGCAAAGAAAGUAUAAAGGAGCCCUCGCUAGCCGAAAAGAACUCACGAAUCGGGUAGAAGAACUGCUCAUGCAGUUCAUGCAAAUCUCAACAAGGAACUCGAGGAGGCGUGUAAGUGGUUUCGUGAAAUAAGAUGAUCUUGAACCCUGAAAAAUGCAAGGCACUUGUUCUCGCGCGAAAGCCUAAUGCCGGCGGUUUGCUGAAAGUGCUGCCGUACCACUAGUUACUAUAUCCUCGGAUGUGUUUGGGUUAACAUUGGACGAUUCCCUGAAUUUUGUAAAACACGUUGUGAAAAUUAGCACUGAAGAAAGUUGGAAAGCAGCCAGAUGUUCUGUGCAGACCGUAAAGAAUAUACACUGAGGAGGGUCUCAAUAGGGUUCACCAUCAGUGCAGCCAUCAAAUGGCCUUAAAUUUAACCGUCAGCCGUCAAAAAAUGUGACUUUUUCAGCCGGAUCUGCCCGGUCUUCUGGCUUCCCUACUUACCACCAAACCAGCAGAAACCGGAAACGGGCUUUGAAAAAAUCUAGGAGAAGACCAGCAAACGGCGAUGCCGUUAAGAAAUUUCAAAAUCGUUUGACGCCCUUUUGCGAAUGCCAUAAUGUGGGGGUGCUUUGUAAGCAGUUUGCACUGUAAGUGUCAACAGAUUCACAAGACACAAAUCGACAAAAAACUAAGUCAUAUUUUCGGUAUAUAUUCAAACUUUUCUAAUAUUCGUUCAAAGGAGCAAUUACCAUUGAUCAUGUUUUCGUUCGAUGAGGAAAACUCUACAUCACAAAUUCAAGAAUAAAUACAAAAUGCCCCAAAAUGUUAUUGAAUGUUGACUAAAAUGCAAAAAUCGUUACUAAAUCUGAUGUAUGCGCAAAUGUUCGUUUUUUCGCGAGAAUGUAUCUUCUUUGCGUAUUAUAUUUCUUAAGCAAGCGAAGGGGUACCAAUAUUUUUAAACAAAAAAAAAAAUCUUUGUAACAAUAAAUCAAUUAAAAAAUGGCACUUUACGUGCCUGUCAUUAGCUUACCCCAGGGAUAGGACCCUGGGGAAUCCAGGGAAAUAUCUCUGGGAAUUGAAUAAAUUGGGUUCCCUGCCCCUGGGGAGUGUAAUAUUCAGGCCCAAGUUGUUCAAAAGCUGGAUAGUGCUAUCCACUGGAUAAAUCACUAUCAAGUAUUAGGGAAACCAAUUGCAUUAUCCACUGGAUAUAGAUUUCUCCGCUGGAUAGCGCUAUCAACCUUUUGAACAACUGGGGCCUGAACAAUAUUUCAGUUAAAAGGUAAAAGGGGUGGGAAAAAUUUAUACAGUGGAACCUCGAUUUAACAAACCUCUAUAUAACACAGUCCUCAGUAUAAUGAACGAUUUUUUUUACCCCUCUGAUAGUAAAAUAUAUGGAAAAAAACCUCGAUAUAACGAAACCUUGUUACACCGAACACAUGUUGCCAGUCCCUUGGCCCUUCGUUAUAUCGAGGUUCCACUGUGACUUACAAUCCGAUGGUUGACCCGGGGUCCUACCCCUGGGGUUUGCGGAUGGCAUAUGUCGGAUCAAUUUAGGUCUGGGAAACUGCCCACCUACCCCUCCCCUAACUUAACGUUAACAUUUGUGUCUCACUUGGGGCAAAAAAAUCAUUACCGAAGUGUAUUAACCAAGGUUCUUUUGCUGACAAAGUAUUAUUAAAGUAUUAUAAAAGAAAUUAUAACUGAUGGUUCAGAUGAAAGUAGCUUUAUUCCAGCUCAGUUUAUCUUAACAUCAACAACACAUUUCUUCUCAGUGAACGUUAGCUACAGGAUGGGAGCAAUCCCACUCUUUUUCGAUUCUUUUUCCAAUCCAGGUUUCUAUUCCUAGGGAACAACAGCAGACAACAAACACACCACACAUGAUAAUUCAGAUUUCAGUCAUUUUCUGAACUGACGAUGGGGCCCACCGCAAAGAUUUCACUACAAUGUUAAAGUUACAUCAUGUUUUGACACCUUUGUAUUGCCCAAACAGUGCAUGUUUUAGGCCUGAUAUAAGCAACCUAAAGCCACUGGCACAAACUUUCUACUAAAUUGCACCUUGAUCUUAAAGAGUCCCUGUUUUACUUCACUACAGCUUUAAACCUCUGAACCUGUGGUUGGAAGUCUAACCUAGCAGCAGCAACUCAAGAUCAAGUGAAAUUUCCUGCAACUAUGCCCAUUGUCCUGGAAGAUUUUCUUACACAAUAACAGGGAUGACUCAGCUAAGGCUGAUCAAUAGUGUUUUAACAUGUUGGCUGGAGCCACCAUGAAAAAUCUUUUGGACCACAGAAAACGGUUACAAAAACUUCCAUUUAAUCUUGAGAAUCAUAAUCAAGAAAGAAAAAGGUGCAAGCUGAACUAACGUUAACACGGUGGUUUGAGGAAUUUAAGUUACGAUGGGCCUGGAACAAGGCGUUCACUCCUUGCCAGCAAGGUACUUGAUAAGAUCCACAACACGGUCGCUGUAGCCAUAUUCAUUAGUUCGUAAUUUAAUUCAUUUUUCAACCAGACUCCCCCCGGAUUGUGCACGUGUGUGCCAUGUUGAGUGAACAAAAUUUCGGUAGUCCAUGCUUCAACCUACCUAGCAAACUUUUCCGAACGAAUUAGGGAGAGAAAGCCCCUUCAUUCCUCUUUUUUCCUGUCCCCAACUUUCGCGCGGAAUCUCCUGCCGACAAGUUAACCACAUGCUUCAAAGAGCUGAUUAACAAUUCUCGGAAAUACAGGAUGUUGAUCUUUUUUUGUUCUUCCAUCAAACUAUCAAAACACGUCAAGAAACUCUAUUUGAUUGGCUAAUAAUACAGAGUUUAGUCUAGGUCACAAGACAAGAAUUCAUUGUUCAGUAGCAAAGCCAUUCCCUUGAUCGUCAACAACUAGGCCAAAUUUUUAAAAAGUCACCUUGUUUCCGACCUUUUCCAUGGAUAUAAAGACCUUGCUGGACAAUCUUCAUGAUGAAGUAUCCUGUUCUGUGUGUAUGUGUCCAUUCACUGAUCCAAAGCAGUUGCCUUGUUUGCACAGUUUCUGUCUUCACUGCCUGAACGGAAUUCAACGAACGAGCGGAGUCCGUGGUAAAAUUACAUGCCCUGAGUGCAGGAGACAGUUUCAGAUUUCUGGAAGUGGAAAUCUAAUCGAACUUCCCACCAAUUUUCGAAUAAACAGCUUGGUAGAUGUCUUAGCAAUAAAAGAGUGCAGUACAGUCAACGUAAAAUGCAGAAACUGCGACAAACGGAGUACCCAGACCUUAUAUUGCUUCCAGUGUUGUUCCUUCUGGUGUGAAGAAUGUAUUGUAGGACAUAACAUUAUUCGAGAAAAUAAAGAACACAGAACGCUAGCACUAAAAGAUUUUCAAGAUCAAGACAUCAAGGCUGUUUUAGAGCGACCUGCAUUUUGUCAGAAGAAACACCAUGAAAAAGAAGAGUUGAAGUUCUUUUGCAAGGGCUGUAAAGUCGCCAUUUGCAACACUUGUGCCGUAACGCUUCAUGAAGGUCAUGGUAAGAUGCCCUUGCAAGAAGCUAUUGAUGAGCGCAAAACACAGAUCAACUCCAAAAUUCGAUCUUUGAAAGACAAAGUACUGGAAAAACAAAAGGAAGUCGAACAAUUCAACCAAACAAGCAUCGCAUUUCAAUCGAAAGUAGCCGAGGUAAAAAGCCAAGUGCAGUCUUUUGUAGACCAAAUUAUUGCAAUCAUUGAUGCGAGGAAACAAGAUGUUUUUGAUGCAGUCGAUAAUCAAGCCAAAAAAUCACUGGAAUCUCUCUCACAGAAAAAAGAAGAAGUGGAAAAACAAUUAAAAAGAAUUGAAUCCGCAGUUGAACAAACUGAAACUCUGUUGAAACGAAGCUUCAGCACCGAAAUCCUUGGAUUCAGUGAAACAUUUGAUACAAUCCUGCAGGAACAGAGCACCCAAGAAAACCGUGACACUGAAUGUAUUCCUCGGUUUAGUUUUACUAAGAGUGAAAAACUGAUUAACCUGUUGAGCAUGAGCGAGGGCAUAGGUAAUGUAGAAUUUGUUUUUAGGGAACCUAAAGCGCAACAAUCAGGAGCUAAAGGUAAAGAAAGUAGUAAAGUAAUUGCUGGGAAUAAAGGGGCAAAUAUUCGUGACAGUCCUCUUGAGACUCAGGUACAAACCAGGCGCUUCAGAUCUGUGCUGUCAUUUGGACAAAUAGGCGAGUCUGUUGGAAUGCUUAAUGGGCCCUGGGGGUUGGCAGUGAAUGAUCAUGAUGAAAUUGCUGUGACUGAGUGUGGUAACCACAGGGUUUCAGUGUUUAGUAGUGACGGUACCCGCUUAAGAUCCUUUGGUUCGAAGGGUCAGAAUAAUGGUCAGUUUGAUUUCCUUAAAGGGAUCGCUUUUGAUAGUCAUGGCAAUAUUUUAGUGGUAGACUGUUUUAACCACAGGGUGCAAGUCUUUGAUAGGAAUGGUAACUUUCUUAGUAAGUUUGGUGAACAAGGAAGUCGUGAUAAUCAGCUUAAAUUCCCUCACGGUUUAUCAAUAAACGGUAACGGUGAUAUUAUUGUUGCUGAUAAAGGUAACAAAUUAAUCAAGAUAUUCUCUUCUAGUGGGAAGUAUUUACGUAAAUUUGGUGGAGCAGGUUCCUUGGUGGAUCCCUGUCACUGUAUCCAAUACAGUCAAUAUUUUAUAGUCUCAGACCCUGGUGAUCAUUCCAUUAAAAUGUUUAAUCUGGAGGGAAAGUUUAUUUCUAAAUUUGGAAAACCGGGAAAUAAGGAUGGAGAGUUCAAUAUACCCCGUUGCUUGUCAGUUAACAAAGAAGGAUUGCUAAUGGUCUGUGAUGCAGAAAACGCGAGAGUUCAGUUAUUUGAAGUAAGUGGAAAGUUUGUUACAAAGUUUGGGAGUAAAGGUAGUGAGAGAGGAGAGUUAAAGUUUCCAGUGUCUACAGCAAAUCUUACUGAUAGAAGGAUAGCUCUGUGUGAUUUUAGCAACAACCGAAUCCAGUUUUUUGACAACAUAUAA